AUGAAAUGGAGAAACAACAAAGAAAGACAGCUUAUGGCAUUAGGUGGUUCACGAGAACAAACAUUACCUAAUAAAAACAAUCCAAAUCCUGACUUAAGUGAUACUGAUGGUGACAGACCCAGAAUCGAAUAUAAUGAUGCUAGUCCUCUUGCGAGUCCACGAAGAUCUACCGAUGAUCUUACUGACAAUGAAGAAAAUGAAGAAAUUAUUAAUGUUACGUGA